GUCACGGGAGGCGUCCCUUCUUCCGCGUGCCGGUGGCGGGAGCGCGCGGCGGGGGGCUGGGGGCGGGCGUGUCCGACCGCAGGAUGCUGGCGCGGGGCCGGCGGCUCCUGCACUGUUGGAAACCGCUUUUCUCCGGCCGCCUGCUGCUGCUGACCAACACGGCGAGCUGCGGCGCGCUGCUGGCCGCCGGCGACACGCUGCAGCAGGCCUGGCACCGCCGGCGGCACCCAGGCGCCGAGCUCCAGGUGGCCCGCACAGGACGCAUGUUCGCUGUCGGCUGCAGCAUGGGCCCGCUGAUGCACUACUGGUACCUCUGGCUGGACGCUGCCUUCCCGGCGCAGGGCAUGCGGGGGCUGAAAACUGUCCUGAAGAAAGUCCUCAUCGACCAGCUGGUGGCAUCGCCCGCCCUGGGCGGCUGGUACUUCCUCGGCAUGGGCACGCUGGAGGGCCAGUCUCUAGAGGAGAGCUGGGAGGAGCUGAAAGAGAAAUUUUGGGAGUUUUACAAGGCUGACUGGUGCAUCUGGCCGGCGGCUCAGCUCAUAAAUUUCCUCUUCGUCCCACCCAAGUACCGGGUGGUUUACAUCAACGUGAUCACGCUGGGCUGGGACACCUACCUCUCCUACCUCAAACACCGGCCUGGCAGCCCCUCGAGCGCUAAGCAGGACUCACCGCAUGAGAAACAGCGCGGUGUCGGGACGUAAAGAGGCAGCUGCUCUCAGCGAGUGCAACAUUUUCGGAGGCUUGUGCCCGCGGGGAGCAGUUUUUCUGGGCGUCGUGGUGGACGCAGCUCAAUCCACCGAAGAAAUGUGAUGGCCAGAGACCACCGCGCGCGCCGUCUGCAGCUCACUGCAGCCCGUGCGGAUCUUGCUGAUGAACCCAUCCACCGACUGCAACGAUGCCUAAAUGUGGUUUUUCUAAAGCUUAAAGCUGUGCCUUACUUACAGCUCUGCCCUCAUCCCUCCUGCCACACAGCAGCCCUCCCACGGCAGCAAGCCAAGCUGCCGCGCGGCAGCCGGAGCCAUUUGGUGGAUGCUAAUUAAGAAACCAGAUAAUUUCUGCUCCUCUCCAGCACCGAGCGCGCCAGCACGGGGCCAAGAACGCUGAGGUUAUCGGCACCGAGCGGCGGGACCGUCCCGCUACCCCCCUCCCCACCUGCAAUGAGGCCGAGGAACCGGUGAUCAGCAUUGAUUUAUUUCUUCACAACAUUUCUUUAAUACAGUGAUUUUUAGGAAAUUGUA